AUGACUUGUACAGCAAUGUUUUUAUUUGUUUUGGAGGCUUGGAGACAUCAUGGGCCUAUCUCUUUGGCCUUUGCAUAUGGCCGUGGCGCUCCUUUUUUCUUCCCCUUAGCAUCAACGUUCCAAACAACUUCUGUUUAUUUUUGUGUCGGUGCAGCUGUAGAUUUAUUUAUUAAUGUAGCAUUAAAAACAACUUUAAGUUCUUCUUAUUGUACAGUUAAAAGAGCUAAAAAAUUUGUUUUUAUUACCUCAAUAUUAGCUAUUUUCUAUAAUAUUCCACAUUUUUUUGAAUUGAGGGCUAUUGAAUGUGUGGAAGAGAGAGAGGGAAUAAUGCAAAAAAGUCUUCAAAUAUGCCCUACAGAAUUUAGGUAA